AUGCUAGAAAAAACAAAUAGGAACCCCGGAGGGCGCGACUCAAAAUGGAAGGAUAGGGAUUCCAUGAUGCACCACCAGGGAGCCACUGAACGAUUCGAAGGAGGAAUAGAAGGGCGCAGGAGGGAGGGUCUAAAUUUGCAAGAAGGGGGAACUAAGGACGAGUAUGGGAAGAAGGAUCGUAGAGACUUAGUGAAGGUCAUACGUAAGACAAAAAGAGGAGAUAUAAGGGUAGAUGAACACACCAGCAGGAACAACUAG